CCCGCACCCGCACCCGCACGCACACCCCGAGUCCCCGACCAGUCGACCCUCCUCCUUGAUCCCCCUCGACUGGCGGCGGCGACGCAAGUCCUGGCUCCUGCUGUGGCGAGGCCCCGGCGCUGUUGUACCUCGUCGGCCUGACGAGCGGCGGCUGCGGCCGCAGCCCCGACCAGUCCACUGUCCUCGAGUCGAGACCCCAAGUCCCCAACCCACCCUGUCUCGAUCCAUCGACCAGCAACGGUGUUGCAACUCUGGCACUGCAAUGGCGCGGCCCCGGCGGUCCUUUCCCUCCUCGAUCUGAUCCUCCUCCGGGGCCACGCAUCGGCGAUGCUUCCUCCCCAUCAGACGCCGGUGCUCCCUCCCCAUCCGACUGCGGCGCUCCCUCCCCAUCCGAAGGCGGCGCUCCCUCCCCAUCUGACGGCGGCGCGCCCUCCCCAUCCGACGCCGGCGACCGGCAGGGAUGACCUUCUGUCCUCCUCUCUCUGUUGGCAUUGUGUGUUGAAUUUUGUGGUAGGCAUGGCUAGUUUGUGGAGUCUAAGUGAUGAAGUUCAUGAAGAGGAAGAGGAGGAUUAUGAUCCCAGUGUUGAACAGGACAAUGCUGCCAUAAGUGCAAGGUUGGACCAGAUCAUUGUGGCUGAUCCUGCUCGUCGUCGUGUUGCCCCAUCAGCUACUGCUAUGGCAGCACCUCGCAGCAAGCGUACAAGGUUGAACCAAGAGGGACGUCGUGCAAGAACUAAUGAAGCAAGUCAGCCAGCCGACGGACAUGAAGCAAGUCCUCCGACAUCGCCACCGGCACCGCCAGGACCAAAGGUUACCACUGCUCCAAAAUUAAGGUCAAAAGCAUGGAAAAACUUCACUAGGAUUGAACAACCUAAUCCUGAUGAAGUAGUGGCAGAGUGCAAUAUUUGUCAUACUACACUUAGAGCGACCUCGAAGAAUGGAACAUCUAGUUUGUUAAGGCAUACUGCUCAAGUGCAUCCACAUAAUACAAAUGAAGUGAAUAGCUAUUUUCUGAAAACUGAAAAGAAUGCGGAUGGCUCACAUUCAGUUAGGAACACAAAGUUGGACAUGGAAACUAUUAGAGCUGCAAUCUCUAUGUUCCUAGUUGGGGGUUCACAUGCAUUUAGUGUGAUAGAAGAAGUGGGGUUCAAAAAAUGAUUGGUGCUGCUUGUCCUAAGUUUAAGAUUGUUAGUCGAUACACAAUUAGAAGGGAUAUCAUGGCAAUGUUUGAAAGAGAGAGGACUGAAUUGAGAGAAAUUAUCAGCAACAGCCCUGGUAGAGUUAGCUUCACCACGGACAAUUGGAAAUCAGAUGUGACAAAGUUUAGUUAUAUUUGUAUUACGGGAUUUUUGAUUUUUUGCCACUAGUUACUUCACACUUUGAUGAUUAGCCA